GAAACAAAGUUACAAACCUCCACUUUACGUCUAACCUCUGUUACCAUCUCCCAGUUGGCCGCUUCCAACAUCCAAUAAAACUACACGCUCACAUAAAGCCUACGGAAACGACUCUCCAUUUCUUUUCUGAUCCGAUCUGCUCUUCAGCCAUGAGCUCCGGUAAUUCCUCCUCCUCUUCCCUCGGCGACGCUGCGUCUAACAUGACUGGCCGAGGAGGCUCCUCCUCCUCGGAAAAACAAAAAGAGAAGGCCAGAGUUAGCAGAACUUCAUUGAUACUGUGGCACGCUCACCAAAACGACGCCGCUGCUGUUCGGAAGCUUCUUGAAGAAGAUCCGUCUCUCGUUCACGCCAGGGAUUAUGAUAACCGGACUCCGCUCCAUGUCGCGUCCCUUCAUGGAUGGAUCGAGGUUGCUAAGUGUCUGAUUGAGUUUGGCGCCGAUGUCAACGCCCAGGAUCGAUGGAAGAAUACGCCUUUAGCUGAUGCAGAAGGAGCUAAGAAACAUAACAUGAUUGAGCUUUUAAAAUCAUAUGGUGGCUUGUCUUAUGGCCAAAACGGAAGCCAUUUUGAACCAAAGCCUGUUCCACCACCUCUUCCAAACAAGUGUGACUGGGAAAUUGACCCGUCAGAGCUUGACUUCUCAAACUCAGCAAUUAUUGGAAAGGGAUCUUUUGGGGAGAUUUUGAAAGCCUAUUGGCGAGGAACUCCAGUGGCAGUCAAGCGCAUUCUUCCAUCCCUUUCAGAUGAUAGAUUGGUGAUUCAGGAUUUCAGACAUGAGGUUAAUUUGCUAGUGAAGCUUCGCCACCCAAAUAUAGUCCAAUUUCUGGGAGCUGUCACUGACAAGAAACCUCUUAUGUUGAUCACAGAGUAUUUACGAGGGGGUGAUCUCCAUCAGUACCUCAAGGAAAAGGGUGCACUUAGUUCUUCAACAGCCAUCAACUUUGCAUUGGAUAUUGCCAGAGGCAUGGCUUACCUUCACAAUGAACCAAAUGUCAUUAUUCACAGAGACCUAAAACCAAGGAAUGUUCUUUUAGUUAACUCCAAUGCUGACCAUUUGAAAGUUGGAGAUUUUGGAUUGAGCAAGCUCAUCAAGGUUCAGAAUUCUCAUGACGUGUACAAAAUGACUGGCGAGACAGGAAGCUAUCGGUAUAUGGCUCCGGAAGUAUUCAGGCACCGGAAAUAUGAUAAGAAAGUUGAUGUUUUCUCUUUCGCGAUGAUACUAUACGAGAUGCUGGAAGGGGAACCACCACUUGCAAAUUAUGAACCUUAUGAAGCAGCAAAGUUUGUGGCAGAGGGGCACAGGCCAACUUUUCGUGCCAAAGGAUUUACCACUGAUCUGAGAGAAUUAACAGAUCAGUGUUGGUCUGCUGAUAUGAAUAAAAGACCUUCUUUCCUGGAAAUUCUCAAGAGGCUUGAAAAGAUCAAGGAAAAUUUAGGUGGAGAUCAUCAUUGGAACAUAUUCACUGCAUAACACUGGAGCAAUGAAAUGGUCAAAUAUAUAUGGAUAUACACGACACUCGAGCUAGUCAUUUCUUAUGCCCACAAUUGUGCAGAUGGUGUUGUUAAUAGAUUUGACUGCAAAAGAUUGUGAGACGCUGCUGUUGCUGGUUUUUCACUAAAUGCACCAGAUUUUUUUAAUGGUCAGAGUUGGCAUUCGCAAAUCUUUUCCAUAUUGAUAUGGAGCCAGCUUGUCAAGUAAUAUCGAUUCGAUUAAUAUACAUAAACAUGCAUAUUAUCUGACCCUGUAUUUUUCCUUUGUUUUCCAAUUGUAAUUUGUUGUGGAUUUGAAAGUUCUUAGGUGCUUUUUCCUGUCCUUGUAUAUGCUAGGCUUCAUAAAAUUUGGCAAUUCAAUUCAUAAGCGUACGAGAAAUUAUAUCGUA